AUGUUUAUUUCUCUUACUUUCCACUCUCUCUCUCUUGAGAAAAUAAAACAUUCUUUUUCUUUCUUUCAUUUCUCUUUUUCUUUCUUUCGUUUUUUUUUUUCUCCAUUCUUUCGUGUUUCUCCCAUUCUCUCUCGUGGUUUUCUUUCACCCUUUUCUCUCUCUCGUGUUUUUCUUUCUCCCUUUUCUCUCUCUCGUGUUUUUCUUUCUCCCUUUUCUCUCUCUCGUGUUUUUCUUUCACCCUUUUCUCUCUCUCGUGUUUUUAUCUCUCCCUUUUCUCUCUCUCGUGUUUUUCUCUCUCCCUUUUCUCUCUCUCGUGUUUUUCUCUCUCCCUUUUCUCUCUCUCAUGUUUUUCUCUCUCCCUUUUCUCUCUCUCGUGUAUUUCUCUCUCCCUUUUCUCUCUCUCGUGUUUUUCUCUCACCCUUUUCUCUCUCGUGUUUUCUUUCUCCUUUUCUCUCUCUCGUGUUUUCUUUCCCCCUUUCUCUCUCUCGUGUUUUCUUUCACCCUUUUCUCUCUCUCGUGUUUUUCUUUCACCUUUUCUCUCUCUCGUGUUUUUUCUUUCACCCUUUUCUCUCUCUCGUGUUUUUCUUUCACCUUUUCUCUCUCUCGUGUUUUUUUCUUUCACCCUUUUCUCUCUCUCGUGUUUUCUUUCACCCUUUUCUCUCUCGUGUUUUUCUUUCACCCCUUUUCUCUCUCUCCAGUGUUUUCUUUCACCUUUUCUCUCUCUCGUGUUUUCUCUUUCUCCUGUUUUUCUUUCUAAAGUUUUCUCUCUCCCUUUUUCUUUUCACCCUUUUCUCUCUCUCUCAUUUUCUUUCACCCUUUUCUCUCUCUCGUGUUUUUCUCUCUCCUUUUCUCUCUCUCGUGUUUUCUCUCUCCUUUUCUCUCUCUCGUGUUUUCUUUCACCUUUUCUCUCUCUCGUUUUUUUCUUUCACCCCUUUUCUCUCUCUCGUGUUUUUCUCUCUCUCGUGUUUUUCUCUCUCUCGUGUUUUCUUUCACCCUUUUCUCUCUCGUGUUUUCUCUCUCCCUUUUCUCUCUCUCGUGUUUUCUCUCUUUCCCUUUUCUCUCUCUCGUCUUUUCUCUCUCUCGUGUUUUUUCUCUCUCCUUUUCUCUCUCUCUCGUUUUCUCUCUCCUUUUCUCUCUCUCGUGUUUUCUUUCACCCCUUUUCUCUCUCUCUCCUUGUUUUCUCUCUCUCCCUUUUUUCUCUCUCCCCUUUUCUCUCUCUCAUGUUUUCUCUCUCCUUUUCUCUCUCUCGUGUUUUUCUUUCACCUUUUCUCUCUCUCGUGUUUUCUUUCACCCUUUUCUCUCUCUCGUGUUUUCUCUCUCCUUUUCUCUCUCUCGUGUUUUUCUCUCUCCCUUUUCUCUCUCUCGUGUUUUUCUUUCUCCCUUUUCUCUCUCUCGUGUUUUUCUUUCACCCUUUUCUCUCUCUCGUGUUUUUCUCUCUCCCUUUUCUCUCUCUCGUGUUUUUCUCUCUCCCUUUUCUCUCUCUCGUGUUUUUCUCUCUCCCUUUUCUCUCUCUCGUGUUUUUCUCUCUCUCGUGUUUUUCUCUCUCCCUUUUCUCUCUCUCGUGUUUUUCUCUCUCUCGUGUUUUUCUCUCUCCCUUUUCUCUCUCCCUUUUCUCUCUCUCGUGUUUUUCUUUCACCCUUUUCUCUCUCUCGUGUUUUUCUUUCACCCUUUUCUCUCUCUCGUGUUUUUCUUUCACCCUUUUCUCUCUCUCGUGUUUUUCUUUCACCCUUUUCUCUCUCUCGUGUUUUUCUUUCACCCUUUUCUCUCUCUAAGUGUUUUUUUUCUUUCACCCUUUUCUCUCUCUCGUGUUUUUUCUUUCCCCUUUUCUCUCUCUCGUGUUUUUCUUUCUCCUUUUCUCUCUCGUGUUUUUUCUUUCACCCUUUUCUCUCUCUCGUGUUUUCUCUCUCCCUUUUCUCUCUCUCGUUUUUUCUCUCCCUUUUCUCUCCCUUGUGUUUUUCUUUCACCUUUUCUCUCUCUCGUGUUUUCUCUCUCGUGUUUUCUCUCUCUCCUUUUCUCUCUCUCUGUUUUCUCUCUCCCCUUUCUCUCUCUCGUGUUUUCUUUCUCCUUUUCUCUCUCUCCCCCUUCUCUUUUCUUUCUCCUUUUCUCUCUCUCCCCCUUCUCUUUUCUUUCUCCUUUUCUCUCUCUCUUUUUUCUCUCUCCCUUUUCUCUCUCUCGCGUUUUUCUCUCUCCUUUUCUCUCUCUCGUGUUUUCUCUCUCCUUUUCUCUCUCUCGUGUUUUCUCUCACCCUUUUCUCUCUCUCGUGUUUUUCUCUCUCCUUUUUCUCUCUCCUUUUUCUCUCUCUGUUUUUCUCUCUCCUUUUCUCUCUCUCGUGUUUUUCUUUCUCCCUUUUCUCUCUCUCGUGUUUUUCUUUCUCCCUUUUCUCUCUCUCGUGUUUUUCUUUCUUUUUCUCUCUCUCGUGUUUUUCUCUCUCCUUUUCUCUCUCUCGUGUUUUCUCUCACCUUUUCUCUCUCUCUUGUUUUCUCUCUCUUUUUUCUCUCUCCCUUUUCUCUCUCUCGUGUUUUCUCUCUCCCUUUUCUCUCUCUCUCCUUUUCUCUCUCCCUUUUCUCUCUCUCGUUUUUCUCUCUCCUUUUCUCUCUCUCGUGUUUUUCUCUCUCCCUUUUCUCUCUCUCGUGUUUUCUCUCUCCCUUUCUCUCUCUCGUGUUUUCUCUCUCCUUUUCUCUCUCUCGUGUUUUUCUCUCCCUUUUCUCUCUCUCGUGUUUUUCUCUCUCCUUUUCUCUCUCUCGUGUUUUUUCUCUCCCUUUUCUCUCUCUCGUCUUUCUCUCUCCCUUUUCUCUCUCUCUUGUUUUCUCUCUCCCUUUUCUCUCUCUCUUGUUUUUUCUCUCUCCCCUUUUCUCUCUCUCUUGUUUUCUCUCUCCCCUUUUCUCUCUCUCGUGUUUUCUCUCUCCCUUUUCUCUCUCUCGUGUUUUCUCUCUCUCCUUUUUUUCUCUCUCGUGUUUUCUCUCUCCCUUUUCUCUCUCUCUUUUUCUCUCUCCCUUUUCUCUCUCCUCUCCUUUUCUCUCUCUCGUGUUUUCUUUCUCCCUUUCUCUCUCUCGUGUUUUUCUUUCUCCCUUUUCUCUCUCUCGUGUUUUUCUUUCUCCCUUUUCUCUCUCUCGUGUUUUUUCUUUCUCCUUUUCUCUCUCUCGUGUUUUUCUUUCUCCUUUUCUCUCUCUCGUGUUUUCUCUCUCCCUUUUCUCUCUCUCGUGUUUUCUCUCUCCCUUUUCUCUCUCUCGUGUUUUCUCUCUCCCUUUUCUCUCUCUCGUGUUUUCUCUCUCUUUGUUUUUCUCUCUCCCUUUUCUCUCUCUCUCCCUUUCUCUCUCCUUCUCUCUCUCUCUUUCACCCUUUUCUCUCUCUCGUGUUUUUCUUUCACCCUUUUCUCUCUCUCAUGUUUUUCUUUCUCCCUCUCGUGUUUUUCUUUCUCCCUUUUCUCUCUCCCACCCUUUCUCUCUUUCUCCCGUUGUGGUUAAUUGA